ACUAGCGAUGGCAGCAUGACCCCUGACACUAGUGUGGGACGUACGUGCGAUGAGCAGUGCAGCGCUUGCUAGCUACCGGAACCUACCGGCGUUUUUGCUCGGAUGAUCUGCUUGAGUUAACUGAAGAUGAAUGUCUGUCUGAUUGUGAUCGAUGGCUGGGGAAUUUCAGACGAAAAGCAUGGCAAUGCCAUCGCUAAUGCUGAUACCCCGGUCAUGGACGACCUGUGCAAAGAUCCUAACUGGGUGACGCUGGAUGCGUCUGGAUUGUCGGUGGGUUUGCCCAAGGGCCUGAUGGGUAAUAGCGAGGUCGGCCACCUGAGCAUCGGAGCCGGGCGCGUCUUGUAUCAGAGUAUUGUUAUGAUCGACUUGGCCUUUGAGGACCGAUCUAUCAUGACCAAGCCGGCAUUUGUGGAGGCGUUCACCAGGGCCAAGAAUGGCAACGGCAGGCUUCACCUUCUUGGCUUGGUCAGCGACGGGGGCGUGCAUUCCCACAUCAACCACCUGAAGGGUUUGCUGGACGGGCUCAAGGAAAAGGGCGUGCCAAAGACUUUCAUCCAGUUCUUCUCAGACGGUCGCGAUACAAGCCCUGUCAGUGGAGUGAAGUAUAUUCAAGAGGUGCUGGAUCACACUAAAAACACUGGGUACGGGUCUCUGGCUACCGUUGUUGGCCGGUACUACGCCAUGGACAGGGACAAGCGCUUCGAGCGAAACAAGAUUGCUUACGAGGGUCUGGUACAAGGAAUUGGGGAAAAGGCGACCGCUGACACUAUCAUCCAGGUUGUUCAGAGUCACUACGACGCUCCUGAGGAAGAGAGGGUCACAGACGAGUUUCUCAAGCCCAUCAUCGUGGACCCCGAGGGGCGGAUUAGGGACGGCGACACGCUGAUCUUCUUUGACUUCCGGGCCGACCGCAUGCGACAAAUCGUGGAAGCCGUCGGCAUCAAACCUCAAUUUGAGACGGCGAAAAUCCCCAAAGACCUGGGUGUGUUCUGCAUGACAGAGUACAAAGCAGAUUUUCCGUUCCACGUCAUCUUCCCACCAGAGGAGUCAGUCAAUGUCUUGGCCGAGUGGUUGGCCGUCCGCAAGAUCCCUCAGUAUCACUGUGCAGAAACGGAAAAGUACGCCCAUGUGACGUUCUUCUUCAACGGAGGCCGAGAGAAGCAGUUUGAGGGUGAAGAGCGUUGCCUGGUGCCCUCACCGAAGGUCGCGACCUACGACCUUCAGCCUGAGAUGAGCUGCCAGGGAGUUGCCGAUAAGAUGGUGGAGACGAUCAAGUCCAAGAAGUACCCGUUUGUGAUGUGUAACUUUGCACCGCCUGACAUGGUCGGACACACUGGUGUCUAUGAGGCUGCCGUCAAAGCUUGCACAGCUACUGACAAAGCUAUCGGGGACAUGAAGAAAGCUUGCGAGGAGAAUAACUACGUCUUACUGGUCACGGCAGACCACGGCAAUGCAGAGAUCAUGAUCGAUAGUCAGGGGGAUCCAGUCACUAAACACACCACCAAGAGAGUUCCUUUCUGCAUGCACGGCGGAACCCGCAAGUUCAAGAAGAAUAUCACCCACAAUGCUGCGCUCCCCGACGUUGCGCCGACCGUGCUGGAGUUGAUGGGGCAGCCAAUCCCGCCGGAAAUGAAGGGAAAAUCCCUCUUAGAAUGAUGAACAAAUGCAGUGGCAAUAUUAGUCAAGAAUAUUUUGCAAAGUGUAGAGUACUAGUGGAUUUGAUCAAUAGGAGCGAUUCGCAAAGCAGUGUGCCAGCGAGCGUUUGAAUCUUAUCAUCUGGUUCAAAAUAAAUUUAUUAUCACUGCCACCAUAGAAAUUACUGACUGCCAAGGUGGCAGAGAUUUAAACUGUUUGGUUUUUCCUGCAUGUGUUUUGAUCAACCACCCACUCCUGUAGCAAUACCAAUAUGAAAAUGCGUCAAGUUUUAAUCAGCAUGCAAGACAAUUUUUCAUUCGUUUUUCGCUCUUAGAAUAAAGUGUGUUCAGGCACAGCGAAGCCUUUUGAAUUCAAACAGCUCAAACAAAAAAAACCUGACUUUAGUAAAAAAAGGAAUAAGGUUUUGACUUAUGGCAGUUAAAAAGAGUAUAAAAAUUAGAAAUGUUGACGGCAAAAUGUUGUGACUUCUGAGAGCCCCAGAAAAGCACAAUUUAACUUAAUGACACAGAAAGUUAGUUCUUAAGAAACCUAGAGUACUGUAAUAAUUUUAAUUAAGCCUAUUAUUGUGAUAUACAAAGUAUUUAUAGAGUAAAAUCAAAAAGUUUAUGCAAGUACAUAAGUGAUUGGGGUUAUUGAACAUCGGUCUUUUUUAUGGAUAGCCGCUUGACCGAGAUGUUUUGUGAAGGUACGAGUUGUGCUGCAUUUUGGGACAUUUGGCAGUGCAAGAAAUCAUUCUUAGAGCCGACUGUCCAGUAACGUGAUGUAGUGCAGUCUAAAGUAUAAUCCAGCGAACAAUAUUAGCAGCCAUUUUUUGAGGUGGUGCCAAGUCGCUGCCUUUAAGGUUGCAGACCAGUAAAUCGGUCCGAAAUUGCCUACGCCGGCCAAAUCACGAUUUGCAUGCCCUCAAAAUCUUCAGUAUUUGAGCAUACUG